AUGGAUGGUCUCGCCGAGUUCGAAAAAACAAUUGCAAUUGAGAAGGCAAACAGAGAAGAUUUGAAACGCAAAGAACGAAAAUACCGUCAUCGUCAUCGCCACGAUCGUCAUCACCGUCACCACCGAAGCGUGUCUUCGAGGAAUCGCAACAAUCGGGACACGACCAAGGACCACGGUCGUGACUCGUCUUCAGACAGCGACAAGCAUAUCAGAAGAGUGGAAAAAGGUAGUCAUGGCGAUCCCCGGCAAGUAGACCUGUAUGACGACCGAAAACCUGUCGACAACGGCGGUCAUCGAGAAAAGCGUCCACGAAACGAAGAAAUACAAGUACUCGGCGCUAAGAUUCAAGCGGAUAAUCCACCACCAGCGAGGGACUCGUGGAUGACUGCUCCCUCGGGGGUGGGUAUUGACUAUGUCUACCGAUCAGAAAAAGAAGUCCAGGUGCCGUCUACAAACAACACUUCCCGCCACGUAAUUUCAGAGCGUGAACUGAACAGCUCGGCCUUACAACACGUCAACAACGGAAAACCGAUCGACGAGCUGCGAGAUCAUAUCCAGCGCGGAACUAAAUACAUAUUCGGUGAUGAAGGAUCCCAGUGGCGAAUGACAAAACUCAGAGGAGUGUACACGAUAUCUGAGAAGAGUGGUCGACCGAUAGAGGAAGUAGCCGUUGACCGGUUUGGAAGUCUCCUUGAAUUCGACGACGCACGCGAAGAGAGGGAGGAACUGGAGCGGAGGAGGCUCUACGGUAAAGACUACGCCCUCAAGGACAAGCCCACGGGUGAUUUACAUCGAAAGCGGACUGCACAACUAAACCAGGAACCGUUAAGACCAGAAUAUACCAGUUCCGACAGCGACGGCGACAACGGUGGCAGCAACCUUGAAAAAGGUACGAGUGGGACAAAGGCAUCCAAACAGCAACUGCCUUAUGCACCGACAGACCAGACGACACUUAACCGCCUACGUGCGGCUUUGAUGAAGGCAAAACUACGAAAGGACCCGAAUCUGUCAACGCUUCAGCUGGAAUAUGAUGUUGCUGUGGCCGCGUUAUCUUCAAAAACUGACAACGGGCAGGCCGUUGUGCUUGAUGCAUCUCACAGUCGCAUGUUAGCGGGCACGCGGGCUGAAGUCAAGUCAAUCGACACUAAACGUGGUAAAGAACGUGGGCUGGUUGAGGCCAACGACGAUAUAAACAUUGAAGAUAUGAUGCGUGAGGAACGGAGGACCCGAGGUGUGGCUGGUGGCGAAGCACUGCGACUGGCGGAGAGCAUAUCUAAAGACGCCAAAUACGACAACGACCUCGAAUACCUCGAUGAGAAUGCCGAAAAACUUGCGAGGAACACACACAAGUCAGAAUCGAACCUGAAAAACAUUGCCAUCCAUGAGUUCACUAAAAUGAACAGGAUUUUGGAAGCGUGCCCUCUCUGCCACCAUGAAGAUCGCAAACCGCCAUACGACCUGCCUCUGGCACCUAUCGUUUCUCUAGCCACUCGUUCUUUCCUCACAAUCUCGACCGAUCCGGAACUCACGGGUGCGGAGGGGGGUGCCGUCAUUGUACCAACGGAACACCAUAUUAAUCUUUUAGAAUGUAACGACGACGAGUGGGAGGAAAUCCGCAACUUUAUGAAGUCCCUAACGCGGCUCUACCAUGACCAAGGGCGAGAUGUCAUCUUUUACGAAAACGCAGCAGCUCCUCAUCGUCGUAUGCAUGCGGCACUGGUAGCAGUCCCUAUCCCUUACGAGCUCGGCGACACGGCCCCGGCGUUCUUCAGAGAGGCAAUGUUAACCGCCGAUGAGGAAUGGAGCCAACACACGAAGAUCAUCGACACAGGGAAGCGCGCGCGAGAGGGCCUUGGCAAGUCGGCAUUUCGGAAGAGUAUUGCAAAGGAAAUGCCUUACUUCCAUGCCUGGUUUUCGAUAGAUGGGGGGCUUGGCCAUGUAGUUGAGGAUGGCGACCGGUGGCCUAAGGGAGACCUCUUUGCUAGAGAGAUUAUUGGCGGUAUGCUGGAUGUCGAUUCAAGCGUCAUCAAACGCCAGGGCCGUUGGACAAGGAACGACCCACGCUGCGAUGACUUCAAGAGCCGAUGGAGGAAAUUUGACUGGACGAGAAUUAUACAGGGUGCUGCCUAA